AUGGAUAAGGUGUGGAAAAUUGAUGGUAGAUUGAAGUUUAAGGAAGUUGGAAGGAACAAAUUCCUCAUUGAGUUCCAAUCCACAUCUGAGAGAAGCAGAGUGCUUAGAGGCCGACCAUGGUCCUUCGAUAAAAAUCCGGUAUGCUUACAGGAGUGUGAAGCCAGCAUUGCAUUAAGAGACAUGACUUUCUCCCAUGAACCUUUCUGGGUGCAGUUUCAUAACGUUCCCUUUGCUGGUAUUAACAAGAUUAUGGGAGAAAGACUUGGUGGAUCAAUAGGUGAAGUCAUGAUAGUGGAUGUGGAUGAACAAGGAAGAGCAUGGGAUAGCUUCCUUAGAGUGAAGGUGAUGGUUGACAGUACAAAGCCCUUGGCUAGGGGCAGAGUUCUUAACAUGAAGGGUUCCCACCAUUGGAUUCCAUUCAAAUAUGAGCGACUGCCAACUUUUUGCUUUCAUUGUGGUGCAAUCCUACAUGGCAAGACGUCCUGUGACAGGUUUGGCUGCGAUGGUAGAACCCGUGAGGAUCAACAGCUCCAAUAUGGUCCAUGA